AUGCCUCUCGCUUCCACCCCUUCAUUUCGGAUUAUGUCUAGCACACCUCCAUUCCAGAUGUCAGCCCAUGCAGGCAUCACAGAGGAUUUGACCUUACUCAGGGAGUCUUUGGCAAGACAACCUGUGGUAGGGGAACCGCCCACAUCUGUUUGCAAAUUGCUGAAGCCACAAAAACCUAAAAAGAAUAAUAUUUUGGCACAUUCCACCCUUCGUCCUCACAUUCUUGCAUGUGAUCGUGUUCACAUUUGGUCCGCUCCUCACUCUACAUCUUUCCAUUCCUCAGUUCUCUCACACCUUCCUUUCGACGAUGUUCUCAAACUCCUCGACGUUAUGUUGAUCUCUAUCGAGGUCAAGACACACGAGAACUAUGGAGCUGGACUCCUUAGAUUUCAUCAAUAUUGUGACUCGAGGAGGAUCCCAGAGCAGUUACGCAUGCUGGCACCAGACCACCUCUUGGCCUCAUUCAUCGCAUCAUGGGCCGGGAAAGUCACAAGCUCGACUGUCCACAACUGGCUUGCCAGGAUCCACUUCUGGCAUAACCUCCACAGUGCACCUUGGCAUGGUAGAGUACUACUGUGUACAGUGACUUCCAGUCUCGCUAAGGUGGUUCUGCCGUCUUCAAAGAGACCAUGCAGACCCCCAGUUACCCUAGAACACAUGCACACUCUCGUUCGCCUUCUUGACUUAUCCAAUGCUUUUGAUGCAGCUGUUCUUGCUGUCGCUUCCACCACUUUUUGGUCUUGCUGCAGACUUGGGCAGUUGUUAAUUGACUCUGCUAAUUCCUUUGAUUUUACGUGUCAUGCACCGCGAAACGCGCUUUACAACAUGGUCAAACUCCAAUGGGUGUACCUUACAUUGUUCUGA